AUGCAGCUCGCGGUGAAACAGGAGUCAUACCGCAUGGAGGUCCUCAUGAGUCGCACUCAGUCGGAGUGCUUCAACUUGUGCUGCAAGGAUCUCAGAAGCAGUGCGCUCACGAUGGACGAGGUGCACUGCGUUGACCGCUGCUCCUGGCGAUACCUGCAGACCAAUGGCAUCAUUGCCAACGCUGUCGAUCGGGGGUCGGAUGGUGGCGGGAAACUCAAGUUUUAA